AGCACUGGUCUUGUAAACCAGGGGUCGCGAGUUCAAUUCUCGCUGGGGCCUUCAAACACACUUUUGAAGGGCCAAACCUAGAAAAGCCGUGUUCCGUGUUGCCUUCACACGGCUCCAGAGUCCUGGCUUUGGUUAUGAACUCUGUGUUUGUCGAUGUUUCCUCGCAGUGUUUCGAUCCCAGACGAUUGGCCAGGAUACAGUCCGGACCUUUUCACCUAUCCGAAGCAUUACAGUGGGGAUCUGGACUGUGUUUACAUUCCCCAUGGAGUCAUCAUGGACCGGACGGAGCGACUGGCACGUGACAUCAUGGACGAUCUGGGAGACCACGACAUCGUGGUGCUGUGCGUGCUGAAGGGAGGCCACCAGUUCUGCUCCGAUCUGGUGGAACGCAUCCAAGUGCUGAACCGCAACUCCAGCAAGUCUUUACUCAUGACCGUAGACUUCAUACGACUCAAGAGCUACCUGAAUGAUCACUCGACACCAGACAUCCAGAUGAUCGGUGCUGAGAGUCUGUCUGUUCUCACCGGGAAGAAUGUCCUGAUCGUUGAGGCCAUAGUGGACACCGGCAAGACUCUGCAGACCCUACUGACUCAUGUUCAAGCAUUUCAUCCCAAACUCAUCAAAGUGGCAGGUUUGUUAGUGAAGAGGGUCACUAAUCAGUCUGUCUGUCUCCCUGACUAUGUUGGCUUUGAGAUUCCUAACCACUUUGUAGUCGGCUACGCUUUAGACUAUAACGAAUUUUUCAGAGAUCUUAAUCACAUCUGUGUGAUGAGUGAAGAUGGAAAACAGAAGUACAGACUCUGAUGCCUCUUGUCCUGUGUGUGUGUGUGUGUGUGUGUGUGUGUGUUAACAGCGUUGCUAAAAUCCUACACUAUACAAUAACUGUACAUUGUGAUAUUAAUGUUGAUGUAAAACUCUAAAGUUUUGUAGUAGUGGGCGUGUCCUCUGGAGGUUUAGGCUCCUCCCACUCUCCCCUCAGGCUUUUCCCUUGUAGUGUAACAUUUCUAAUUUGCAUUAAUGUGAUUAAAGCUUUUACACAAAUGUA